AUGCAGCCGGAUAUGUGCAGUUUGCUAAUAUCUACGCUUCGAGGAGUCGUUGGGAAGACGUUGCUAGGGUUCGCAAGAGAAUCAAGGAGAGCAAUGUCGUCAAGAUCAAGUGAUCGGAUUCACCCUGAGCUAGACUUGAUACACAAGAAACUGGAGGAGUUGGAGAAGAAGAUGAAACUGGCUGGAUACAAACCGGAGCUAGAGUUUGCUUUACACGAUUUAGAAGAAGAGCAGAAAAAGAAUCUAUUGUUAUGGCAUAGCGAGAAGUUAGCUGUUGCUUUUGGGUGCUUGAAACUACCUCAAGGUUCACCGAUACAAGUGUUCAAGAACCUGAGAAUCUGCGGUGAUUGUCAUAAAGCAAUCAAAUAUAUCUCCGAGAUUGAGAGACGAGAGAUCUUAGUGAGAGACACCACAAGGUUUCACCAUUUUUCAAGCUUUGACUCUUCUCUAUUGGUCAAACCUGACGUGACGACAGUAUUUAUAUGCGUUAUUGUGGUGAAAAAAGUUUCCUAA